AUGGGUGGCCGGUCAAAGAAACGCUCGAGCAAAGGCGGCUACAAGGCGCCCGUCGACGAGGAAAGCCUGAUCAAGAAGGGCGCCUCCAUCAAGGCGAUCAAGACGUGGAACGACGUCGAGCACGACUCUGACGAGGAGUUUGAUGCCUCUCGCGAUAAGGUUCUCCUGGGAUUCGACAAAAAGAUGAACAAGCACUCGCGCAAAGCCGGCUUGAGUGACGAGGAGUCCGAUCAGGAGGUCUUUGGUGUGACAGCGGCCGGAUCAUCAGGCGAAGAGGAUAAAGACGAGGACUCCGCCGCCGCGGACAGUGACAAUUUCUACAGCGACGAGGAGGACGAGAACAAGAAAAAGGACUCUCGGUUCGAGGACGGCGCGUGGGGAAAGCAGAAGCACAACUACUAUGACGCCGAUGACUACGGAUCCAACACAGAUGACGACGACGAGGCUUUUGCCGAGGAGGCCGAGGAGGCGCUGCGUCUGCAAAAGAAGCAGAUGGAGACACUUGACGAGGGAGACUUUAUUGACGAGUUCAGCGCGCAGCUGGGCGUUUCAUCCAAGGGCGAUAGCAGCAUAUCGCGGCUUGUGUCUUCGGUCGACGACACUCAGGCGCACCUGGACAUGGACAGCGUGGCGCUCAACAACGACGGCUCCUACGACAUAUCCGACGCCAAGCGCCAGGCUCUGCUGAGCCUGCCUGAGGCUGAGAAGCUCAAGGUCAUCCAGGCUGAGAGCCCCGAGCUACUGACCCUCGUCGACGAUAUGAAGACGUACUGGGGCAUUGUACGGAGCGAAGUUAGACCUGUGCUCGACAGGGCGGCGGAUCUGGGCUACAUCAACAACGUCGCCGUAUACUUGGUUGUCAAGGCGUCGACGUCGGAGGAGCGCGGCGGCAUUGAUCUGCGCGACCACCCGGUGAUCUCCAGCAUUGUCGAGUUCCGUCGGCGCGUGGAGAUCAUGGGCGCCCUGCAAAAAAAGCUAGAGCCUCUGCUCGACAUCUUUGCAGAGGACCUUGCCAGUGGAAUUAUCGGCACGGGCGCCGAGGCCAAGGCCCAGGCUGAUGCUGCUGCUGCUGCUUCUACGGCUGCGCUGGCCGAGGAGUCUGACGUCGAUAUGGACGACGAUGUGGAACAGACCACUGAGGAAGUUGCUGCGGCACUAAAGGCAAGCAAGGCGCGCAAGAGCAAGAGCAAGUCUACAUCGUUCCUUGAUGUCUCGUCCUUAUUGGGCAAGGACGCCAGUGGCGGCGACAGCUACGCCGAGCUACAGGCGAUGCUCAAGAAGGACAAGGCGAGCCGGCGCAAGCAGGCACAGGCAGACACGGUCUCCGGGUGGGAUGCCAUCGAGGACGGCGACUUUGGCGAGCAGGAUCACCUUGGCGAGGACGAUGCUGAGGACAAGGCACGGGCAAUCCGGCGGCUGCGGCACCACGCCAAGCGCAUCGCGCAGGCGCAGACCAAGCGCUCGUUCAAGAACAAUCUGUCGGGCGACAUGGAUGUGCCGUACAAGAACCGGCGACUGGACAAGCUGCGGCUCGAUGACGAGUCAGUCAAUGCAAUCAAAGCGCGGGCCGAUGACUUUGGCGACGACCUGGACAUGGAUGACGGUGAGGAUGACUACUAUGCCCAGGUUGUGCGUGGCAAGCAGGAGCAGGCCGAUGCCAAGGAGGCACGCAGGCAGGAGCAGUGGAAGAUGAUGGUCGAGGCCAACGGUGAGGCCAAGCGCAAUGUCAACUACCAGAUCCUCAAGAACAAGGGUCUCAUGCCGCGGCGCACCAAGGAACAGCGCAACCCGCGUGUCAAGCGGAGAAAGCGCUUCGAGCAGGCCAAGAAGAAGAUCAGCAGCGCCGUCACACAGGUGCGCACGCUCGAGGGCAACUACGGCGGAGAGGCCACCGGUAUCAAGUCGGGCCUGUCGCGCAGCACGCGGUUCAAGUAG